UGGCCCCGGGGCCGCGCAUGCGCCGCCACCAGCCUGGGGCUGUCAGUGGAGGGCGAGUGCUGGCUCCGAGGGGAGGCGACGCCCUUUGGGGCCAACGGGCCGCGCGCCGAGUCAGUCAUGGGAACGACUCAUCCCUUUUCCAACCCUGGGGCGGGGCUGGGGUCGGGGUCGGGGCUGGUGGGGGCCCCGCCCCCGUCUCCUGGCCUGCCCCCCUCAUGGGCCGCGAUGAUGGCGGCCCUGUACCCGAGCACGGACCUCUCCGGCGCCUCCUCCUCCUCCCUGCCUUCCUCCCCAUCCUCCUCUUCGUCGCCGAACGAGGUGAUGGCGCUGAAGGAUAUGCGGGAGGUGAAGGAGGAGAACACCCUGAAUGAGAAGCUUUUCUUGCUGGCGUGCGACAAGGGUGACUAUUAUAUGGUUAAAAAGAUUUUGGAGGAAAACAGUUCAGGUGACUUGAACAUAAAUUGCGUAGAUGUGCUUGGGAGAAAUGCUGUUACCAUAACUAUUGAAAACGAAAACUUGGAUAUACUGCAGCUUCUUUUGGACUACGGUUGUCAGAAACUAAUGGAGCGAAUUCAGAAUCCUGAGUAUUCAACAACAAUGGAUGUUGCACCUGUCAUUUUAGCUGCUCAUCGUAACAACUAUGAAAUUCUUACAAUGCUGUUAAAACAGGACGUAUCUCUACCCAAGCCCCAUGCAGUUGGCUGUGAAUGUACAUUGUGUUCUGCCAAAAACAAAAAGGACAGCCUCCGACAUUCCAGGUUUCGUCUUGAUAUAUAUCGAUGUUUGGCCAGUCCAGCUCUAAUAAUGUUAACAGAAGAGGAUCCAAUUCUGAGAGCGUUUGAACUUAGUGCUGAUUUAAAAGAACUAAGCCUUGUGGAGGUGGAAUUCAGGAAUGAUUAUGAGGAACUAGCCCGGCAAUGUAAAAUGUUUGCUAAAGAUUUGCUUGCACAAGCCCGGAAUUCACGCGAAUUGGAAGUUAUCCUAAACCAUACGUCUAAUGAUGAGCCUCUUGACAAGCGGGGAUUACUAGAAGAAAGAAUGAAUUUAAGUCGUCUAAAACUUGCUAUCAAAUAUAACCAAAAGGAGUUUGUCUCCCAGUCUAACUGCCAGCAGUUCCUGAACACUGUUUGGUUUGGGCAGAUGUCAGGUUACCGGCGUAAGCCCACCUGUAAGAAGAUAAUGACUGUUUUGACAGUUGGCAUCUUUUGGCCAGUUUUGUCACUUUGUUAUUUGAUAGCUCCCAAAUCUCAGUUUGGCAGAAUCAUUCACACACCUUUUAUGAAAUUUAUUAUUCAUGGAGCAUCAUAUUUCACAUUCCUGCUGUUGCUAAACCUAUACUCUCUUGUCUACAAUGAGGAUAAGAAAAACACAAUGGGACCAGCCCUUGAAAGAAUAGACUAUCUUCUUAUACUUUGGAUUAUUGGGAUGAUUUGGUCAGACAUUAAAAGGCUCUGGUAUGAAGGGUUGGAAGACUUUUUAGAAGAAUCUCGUAAUCAACUCAGUUUUGUCAUGAAUUCACUUUAUUUGGCAACCUUUGCCCUCAAAGUGGUUGCGCACAACAAGUUUCAUGAUUUUGCUGAUCGGAAGGACUGGGAUGCAUUCCAUCCUACACUGGUGGCAGAAGGGCUUUUUGCAUUUGCGAAUGUUCUGAGUUAUCUUCGUCUCUUUUUUAUGUAUACAACAAGCUCUAUCUUGGGUCCAUUACAGAUAUCAAUGGGACAGAUGUUACAAGAUUUUGGAAAAUUUCUUGGGAUGUUCCUUCUUGUUUUGUUUUCUUUCACAAUUGGACUGACACAACUGUAUGAUAAAGGCUAUACUCCAAAAGAACAAAAGGACUGUGUAGGCAUCUUCUGUGAACAGCAAAGCAAUGAUACCUUCCAUUCGUUCAUUGGCACCUGCUUUGCUUUGUUCUGGUACAUUUUUUCCUUAGCACAUGUUGCAAUCUUUGUCACAAGAUUUAGCUACGGAGAAGAACUGCAGUCCUUUGUCGGAGCUGUCAUUGUUGGGACGUACAAUGUCGUGGUCGUGAUUGUGCUCACCAAGCUGCUGGUGGCAAUGCUUCAUAAAAGCUUUCAGUUGAUUGCAAAUCAUGAAGACAAAGAAUGGAAGUUUGCUCGAGCAAAGUUGUGGCUUAGCUACUUUGAUGACAAAUGUACAUUACCCCCACCUUUCAACAUCAUUCCUUCACCAAAGACUAUCUGCUAUCUGAUUAGUAGCCUCAGUAAAUGGAUUUGCUCACAUACAUCAAAAGGCAAGGUUAAACGGCAGAACAGUUUAAAGGAAUGGAGAAAUUUGAAACAAAAGAGAGAUGAAAACUACCAAAAAGUGAUGUGCUGCUUGGUGCACCGUUACCUGACUUCCAUGAGGCAGAAGAUGCAAAGUACGGAUCAGGCAACUGUGGAAAAUCUGAAUGAAUUGCGCCAAGAUCUGUCCAAAUUCCGAAAUGAAAUAAGGGAUUUACUUGGCUUUCGGACUUCUAAAUAUGCUAUGUUUUAUCCAAGAAAUUAACCAUUUUCUAAAUUAUGUAGAAAGUAGUUUUCAAUAAUAAAUCUGAAAGACUGCAUUUGCAUAACUUACUAUUAAAUUAAUAAGGUAUAUAUUGAAAUAAAGAAUUGUGUAAAAGCCAUUCUUUAAAAUAUUUGUAGCAUAAAUAUAUGUUAUGUAAAAUAUGUAAUAUGGGAUUAGUUUUUUAAAACCCUCUAUUAGUGGCUUUUUGUGGGAGCAAAACAGAUGAAAUAGAUUUUGUUAGCGUGCUGCUUGGUUUUCUUAUUUGAACAGUGCUUUAACAUUUUUUCUUUUUAUGUUUAAGAAGGGCAGUUAUAAUUGUACACAUUGCCAGAAGGUUUUGUAAAAUGAAGAUCGGCAAAUGUGGGCUGAUCUCCAUCCAUAGGAUACAUUUGAAAUAUGAAAGUCAUGAUUUUUAAAAUCUCUGUUUUAAGAGUUCACAUAUAGUUCAGUAUUUAUUGUUUAGAAGUAUAGUUUUAUCUAAAAUAAUAGUCUAUUUGUUCUUUUUUUAUUUUGUUAUAAUAUUAAGUAACAAAAAAAAACCCUAAUGAAUAUUUGAAUCUACUUAUGUCUAUAAAUUUAAAUUCACUUCAGUUUUUGUUUUGUAAUAUAUUUACUUUUACAUGGUUGUAAUCACUUUAUAUUUUUAAUUUUGCUUUUUUCACUUAAUAGUAUUUUAUAUAUACGUUUUCAUGUAUUGAUAUAGUCAUGUAUUUAAAUUUUUAUAAAAUUAUACAGUUUCUGAAAAAUAUAGUUGGUCGACUUUUCAUUUUGUGGCCAUAGAGCGCUUGAUUAUAUUUAUUGGUUUGCACAGGUACUUCUCUAAGGUUAGGCGUUCAGUCGCUUUUAAUUUUUUCUUGUCAUAAUAGUGCUAUAAUUUUUUUUCACGUUGGAGUGAAUGGUCACAGUUACAAAGCUAACCCAGAAUAAGGAUUUAGAGGAUACUUCUUUAUCCUGUAUGGUCAUAGCCUGUUUUAUUUUUGUAAACAUUGGAAGACUCUUUAAUGCAAGGAUUUGUUUUAUAUUUAGACUAAGGUUCUUGAGCUUAUCUCCCAAAGUAUUUUCCACAGAAUUUAACUUAGCUUCUGUAAAAGUGUCUUCAUGCUGAUUUCUGGAUCAUUCUUGCUGCUUAAGAUGAAAAGCAUUGUUGUUUUUAAUUGGAGAAUAAAAUAUGUAUUUAAAUUUUUUUUCCUGUGUUCAUGUAAGAAAUGUAGUUAAAAAUUUUUCACAGGCCAUUGCUUAUAUAUUCUGUAGUACUUCCAGUUAAGAGGUUUUAGGUAUAUAAUUAUCUUCUUAACUGAAUGUCAGGUGGUCUUACGGCCACAGGGUGCAGGUAGCCCUUGGUCUGUGAGCACCACCGAUCCAGGGCUCAUAUGUUAGUAUUGGGUUUCAUGUUGCUUUUUACUUUUUAUUUUUUAAUUUCCAAAUUGUAAGUGUUCCCUCUUUGGGGCAAAUUCUUAUAAAAAUGUUUAUUGUAAAAUUAUAUAUUUUGUCUACAAUGGGAUUAUGCACUUCCCAAUUGGGAUUUUACAUCAGGAUUUUUAGUCAUUCUAAAAAAUACCUAAUUAUUAAAUCAAAAUAUUUAUAGAGUGCCUACUGUAUGCAUGAGUCACUUAUGAAGUAUAUUUUGAAUGACAGCAUAUUGUAAGAAAAAAGGUGAAUAAAACUUGACAUUAGAUUA